AUGGAAAUUGAUCUCUCUUUGAAGAUAGAUACUGAUGAUGAGCAAAAAGAAGAAAAAGCAGAAGCAGCAAAGGAAGAUGAGCGAGUAAUAGAAGAUGACGAGGAAGAAAUGGCACAGAUAUUAUCUGAUAAUAAGGAAGAAGUCCCUGAAGCCACAUCAGGUGUAAUAGAAGAUGAUGCAUCAGUGGUAGAAACAUCUUUGCAAGAUAACACAAAAACAAAAGAGCUAAGUGAAAUACAAAUGGAGAUGGAGAGCAUGAAAGAGGAAAACAAAAUUCUGAGAAAAGUUGUAGAACAAACAAUGAAAGACUAUUAUGAUCUGCAAAUGAAAUUUUCAGCAAUCCAGGAAAACAAUAAAAGAAAGGAUCAUCAAAUUUCUCUCUCACUUCAAGACAAUGCAACCACCAGCGACGAAGGACCAUCGAGAAUUCUUGAGAUCUUUAAUAAAAAAAUUCAAAGCGCUUCGUCUCCACCAAACACGGAUGGUAUUAUAAGCGAGGGUGAAUUGGGUUUAUCGCUAAGGUUGCAAACAAGCACAAGUCAAAUAGAAACUGAUGAGGGAAAUAAGGAAGACAAAAAGGAACAAUUGGCAAGUUUUGCAUCAGUGCAGAACAAGUUGCAGCGGACACAUGAAUUACCUGGUAUUACUACCCAUGCUGCUUCCCCUCCUAACAGAAAGGCUAGGGUUUCGGUCAGAGCAAGAUGCGAGGCUGCCACAAUGAAUGAUGGGUGCCAAUGGAGAAAAUAUGGGCAGAAAAUUGCGAAAGGAAAUCCAUGUCCACGAGCCUAUUAUCGUUGCACCGUAGCCCCUGGCUGCCCCGUCAGGAAACAGGUUCAAAGGUGUAUAGAUGACAUGUCCAUUCUAAUUACAACCUAUGAAGGAACACACAACCAUCCACUCCCAGUGGGUGCAACUGCUAUGGCUUCUACAGCUUCUGCAGCAGCUUCCUUCAUGUUGCUAGACUCAAGCAACCCUAUUUCAGAUGGUACCUCUAGUUUCAUCCAAACACCCAUUCCUUACAAUAGCUUCCACCCAUUAACCCCAGCUUCCAAUUAUAGAAGCUUAAACCCCAAUGAUCCAUCCAAAGGGAUUGUUCUUGAUCUCACCAAUAAUCUCAGUGAACCGCUACGUUUUUCUACUGGCAGCUCGUCCAACACCACAACCGAGUCUCGUUUUUCUUGGAUGCCAAACAAAUACCAAGGUGGUGCUAUUGCAAUGAACAAUUUUCACAAGCCUAUACCACUGGAUCAUGAUAGAAUUUGGAAAGGAGAAGAAAGCAAGCCACUAGAGGACAAUGUGUCGGCAAUUGCCUCAGAUCCUAAGUUUAGGGUUGCUGUUGCAGCGGCCAUAACAUCACUCAUGAAUAAAGAGAGCCACCCUACUCAUCCUAUAGGAACUUCCUUUGGUCAUAGGAGUGGGCAAAAUGGUAGCUAG